CACCACACUGAGGGUAGAGUGGCAUUUAAUUAAUCAGAACAAAAAGAACCAAGAUUUCUUUCAUGAUUGGUCAAUUAAAUAUUAUUUUAUUCUCAGUGUGUAUUUUCGAACGCAGCCUUGAACGCACAUUUUGCGGACACCUGGCUUUGCUGAGUGUAAUUAUUUCGGAGUACAUCCUUCUAUUACGGGUCGGCAUUGUGAGGUUGAUGUAUGAAUAUUCGGACACUCAUUAGUGAUUUAUUUAAGAAGAGGAGAAAAAUAAGAUUGUUCGAUCGUGUUGAGUGGUUUAAUCAUGGUCGAUCUAGGAUUCAUCUCGGAAUGUGAACCCUGGCGGCUGGAAAGCCGAUUCUUUCCCAGUAAAAUAGGCGGUAAACCAGCAUGGCUAGAUUUAAAAAACCUUCCCGGUAAAAAUGAUUUGGAAUGUGAUUAUUGCGGUGAUUCGUGUGUAUUUCUAUGCCAGAUCUAUGCACCGCGCGAAGAUCCCGACACGUUUCACAGGACUAUAUAUGUUUUUAUAUGCAAAAAUGUCGAGUGCUGCAAAUCGAAUAAGAACGGAAACCUGAAGGUCUUUCGUUCACAAUUAAAUCAAAGCAACAUUUUUUACUCGUCCAAACCACCUAUUGAAGAAAAAGACAGGGUGACGCAUGUUGAUGUAUCGCAAUGGGCAAAAACUUGUCACGUUUGUGGAAUUUUCGCACCGUGCCACUGUUCCAAGUGUAAAGUCGUCAAUUACUGCUCUCGUACGCAUCAAGUGCACGAUUGGAAAAAUGGACACAAAGAAACAUGUGGUACUGAAGCAGAUAGCAUAAAUGAGAAAUUGUACAAGAACAAUAGUAUUUUGUUCCCUGAGUAUGAAAUUACAAUUGAUCCUGAAGAAGAACUUGAUUCUGAAGAUGUCGAAAGUGAAAAAAAAGAACUUGAAAAAUAUAAUACGAUGGUACAGGAUGGCACAGCUGGUACUCUUCAGCACGAAGAUGUGGAUGAUGAUUUAUCACAGUUAGCUUCCAAUGAAAAAGAUCAGAUAUUUGCAGAGUUUCGUACAAAGGUUCAGAAAGAUCCAGAUCAGAUUCUAAGGUACAAUAAAGGAGGAGAAGUCCUAUAUAUUUCGCCACAUAAUCAAAUAACAGAUGUUCCAAAGUGUCCAGAAUGCAAUGGCAACAGGCAAUUUGAAUUUCAAAUUAUGCCACAAUUAUUAUACUACCUUGGUUCAACAGAUUUUAAGUGUCUCGAUUGGGGAAUAUUGGCUGUUUUUACAUGUGAACAAUCUUGCAAGCCUAAUAACAAGUAUGUAAGAGAAUACAUAUGGAAACAAGAUAUUGUACAGUUGGAAUCAGAAGUAAAACAUGAUACAUAAACAUGCUUGCUAUUUCU